CAGAGGAGGAGGGCAGGAUCAGGAGAAGGGGGCGGGGGCUGCAGAAGAGAGACAGGCAGACCCCACACACCCACCAGAACUGCGAAAGGAGCCAGCUGAGCAUUUGGAGUGAUAGCCUUGCCUUGGGGAACUCAGUACAGUCCCGGGCGCUCAGAGGGGGAUUUCCCCCUUACUGGAACUGGUUAAAGAGUCUUCACCCCUAUCCUUUCUUUCCCCAGUAACCUCCCCAGUGAGGUUUCUUAAAGGGACCAUGCAACUUUUCCAGUCCUCCCUACAACUGCCUCUGGAGUUACACUUUGAGGAAUGUGUUGAGGGAUGUGAAAUCUUUUCUGCCUGUUUGUCUUAGAAGCAACAGUUCCUCUGCUCCCUCAGAGUGAUUCUUGAGUGAGCGUUGGGGGUCCUCUCUGCCUGUCAUUUACAGACAGACACACACUACCUACACCUUGGUUCUCUGGACUUCAGACCUGGGCAAGAUCAUGUUCAUACCACAUUGGAGCCGCAUCCUAAGUGUGAAGGUACAGCCCUGAGCCAGGACUGGAAAGGGGCUGGGGGGUGGAGCCCUGGGGCUCCCCCCCAGGCUUGAGCUGGAGGGCGGAGAGGAAGCCGGGGGCUACGAUGAGAUGAGUGGAGGCCGCUUUGACUUUGAUGAUGGUGGUGCAUACUGUGGGGGCUGGCAAGAUGGCAAGGCCCACGGGCAUGGGCUCUGCACAGGACCCAAGGGACAGGGCGAGUAUUCUGGUUCCUGGAACUUUGGCUUUGAAGUGGUGGGCAUCUAUACCUGGCCCAGCGGCAACACCUAUGAGGGUUACUGGUGCCAAGGCAAGAGGCAUGGGCUGGGGAUAGAGACCAAGGGGCGCUGGCUGUACAAGGGUGAGUGGACUCACGGCUUCAAGGGGCGCUAUGGUACCCGGCAGAGCUCAAGCAGUGGAGCCAAGUAUGAAGGCACUUGGAAUAACGGACUUCAGGAUGGCUAUGGCACUGAGACCUAUGCAGAUGGAGGAACAUAUCAAGGCCAGUUUACCAAUGGCAUGCGCCAUGGUUAUGGCAUCCGGCAGAGCGUCCCAUAUGGCAUGGCAGUGGUAGUCCGUUCACCACUCCGAACAUCCCUCUCUUCCCUACGAAGUGAACAUAGCAAUGGAACCCUGGCCCAGCAGGAUGCUCCCUCUACCCCCAUGGAUGGCACCACCCUGGCUACCCCCACCAUCUCCCGUGGUGGCUUUGCCCUUAGCCUCUACACCAAUGCAGAGGCUGCUGCCAAGCUCCCUCGGGGCAGUGGUGGCUUCUUCCAGAGAGGUUCCCUACUGGGGAAACUGAGGCACUCAGAGUCACGGAGCUCUCUGGCCAGCCAGAAGAGCCGGGUCAGCUUCCUGAAGAGUGACCUGAGUUCAGCGGCCAGCGAUGCAGCCUCCACUACCAGCCUGGGAGAAGGGGCUGAGGCGGAGGACUUUGCCCCAUUUGAGUCUGACAUUGAUGCUACCACCACAGAGACCUACAUGGGGGAGUGGAAAAAUGACAAGCGGUCAGGCUUUGGGGUCAGCGAGCGUUCCAGUGGGCUGAAGUAUGAGGGUGAGUGGCUGGACAACCUGAGGCACGGCUACGGCUGUACCACCCUGCCUGAUGGCAAGAAGGAGGAAGGGAAGUACAGGCACAAUGUGCUGGUCAAGGGCAUGAAGAAACGUGUUCUCGCCCUCAAGAGCACCAAAAUUCGGCAGAAGGUGGACCAUAGCGUGGAGGGGGCUCAGCGGGCAGCGGCCAUUGCCCGCCAGAAGUCAGAGAUUGCAGCCUCCAGGUAG